GGCGCAGCCAGAGAGGGCAGAGGAGAGCCAGGAGGAGGCCACAGGAGGUUCCUGGGGUGCGGGAUGGAGCCCCGGGCAGCCACUGCUGGCGAACACGAGCCCGCCGCGUCCCCCUCUUUUCAGGCCCGGCUCUGGAAGAACCUGCAGCUGGGGGUGGGCAAGGGUAAGGGCGGCGGGGGCGGUCGCACCGGGGGGCCCGAGCGCCGCACUGCGACCCCAUCCCCGCAGCCCCCAAGGGCCACCCAUGACGCACUGGCCGGUGUGGGGAAUACCGGCAGCAGGUGGAGCGGCUUCAAGAAGCGGAAGCAAGUGCUAGACCGGGUGUUCUCCUCCUCGCAGCCCAACCUGUGCUGCUCCUCGCCGGAGGCCCUGGAGCCGGUUGGAGCAGGCAGAGCCGAGCAGGGGUCCACGCUGCGCCGCCGCCUCCGCGAACAUCUGCUGCCCGUGGCUAAGGGGCCCGCGACGGCCGCGGGGCCAACUGGAGUGACGCCUCCUGGCGGACACUCUCCAGACUCAGUUCCUUCUUCCGCCUCAUCCUCUCUGUCCUCUUCUCCCCAACCGCCCGCGAGGGGGAACCGCGUCCGAGAUGAAGGCGCACGGCGUGGAGGUUCUGGGGUGCACCUGUGCCACCAAAAGAGCUCCUCUCUUCCCGGCACCGCGUGCCUGGAGCAGUUGUUGGAACCGGCGCCACCUCCCGUAGAAGCCGCACGGGGUCCCGCCAAGCCGCAGGCUCUGCUUAAGGGCGAAGAACGCAGCCAGAAAAUAAAUACAGUUGGAAACAGUAAUGCAGAUGUCCCUUUGGCUGAUCCCGGAAUGUAUCAGUUGGACAUCACACUGAGAAGGGGUCAAAGUUUAGCUGCCCGUGACCGAGGAGGGACAAGUGAUCCAUAUGUGAAGUUUAAAAUUGGAAGAAAAGAAGUUUUUAGAAGUAAAAUUAUACACAAGAACCUGAAUCCUGUGUGGGAGGAAAAGGCUUGUAUUAUUGUUGACCAUCUUAGAGAGCCACUGUAUAUCAAGGUAUUUGACUAUGAUUUUGGGCUGCAAGAUGACUUUAUGGGCUCAGCCUUUCUCGAUCUCACACAGUUGCAGUUAAACAGGUCCACGGAUGUGACCUUAACUCUGAAAGACCCCCAUUAUCCAGACCAUGACCUUGGAAUCAUCUUGCUGUCAGUCAUCCUUACCCCUAAGGAAGGUGAACCCAGGGAUAUGACUAUGCUAAGGAGGAAGAGUUGGAAAAGAUCCAGUAAGUUUCAGACCCAAAGCUUGCGUCUGUCAGACCAGCACAGGAAGUCACAUCUGUGGAGAGGAAUUGUUAGCAUCACCCUCAUCGAGGGCCGAGACCUCAAAGCAAUGGAUUCCAAUGGGUUGAGUGACCCCUAUGUGAAGUUCCGACUGGGGCAUCAGAAGUACAAGAGCAAGAUUAUGCCCAAAACUUUGAAUCCUCAGUGGAGGGAACAGUUUGAUUUCCAUCUCUAUGAGGAAAGAGGGGGGAUCAUCGACAUCACCGCCUGGGACAGAGACUCUGGCAAAAGGGAUGAUUUCAUCGGAAGGUGCCAGGUUGACCUGUCGUCUCUCAGUAGGGAGCAAACCCACAAGCUGGAGUUACAGCUGGAAGAGGGUGAGGGCCACCUGGUUCUGCUUGUCACUCUGACAGCCUCGGCCACAGUCAGUAUCUCCGACCUCUCUGUCCACUCCCUGGAGGACCAGAAGGAGCGGGGAGAGAUCUUAAAAAGAUAUAGCCCACUGAGGAUAUUUAACAACAUAAAAGACGUGGGAUUUCUGCAGGUGAAAGUCAUCAGAGCUGAAGGUUUGAUGGCUGCUGAUGUCACAGGUAAAAGUGAUCCAUUUUGUGUGGUAGAACUGAACAAUGAUAGACUGCUGACACACACUGUCUACAAAAACCUCAGUCCUGAGUGGAACAAAGUGUUCACAUUCAACAUUAAAGACAUCCAUUCAGUCCUGGAAGUGACAGUUUAUGAUGAAGACCGUGACCGCAGCGCCGACUUUCUGGGCAGAGUUGCUAUACCAUUGCUGUCUAUUCAAAAUGGUGAACAGAAAGCCUACGUCUUGAAAAACAAGCAGCUGACAGGGCCAACAAAGGGGGUCAUCUAUCUUGAAAUAGAUGUGAUUUUUAAUGCUGUGAAAGCCAGCUUACGAACAUUAAUACCCAAAGAACAGAAGUACAUUGAAGAGGAAAGCAGGCUCUCCAAACAGCUGCUUCUGAGAAACUUCAUCAGAACGAAGCGCUGUGUCAUGGUGCUGGUAAACGCUGUGUACUACGUUAACAGUUGCUUUGACUGGGACUCACCCCCAAGGAGUCUUGCCGCUUUUGUGCUCUUCCUCUUUGUCGUCUGGAACUUUGAGCUCUACAUGAUACCACUGUUGUUAUUGUCACUGCUGACCUGGAACUACUUCCUAAUAAUAUCAGGGAAAGAUAACAGGCAACGUGAUACAGUAGUGGAGGACAUGCUAGAGGACGAAGAGGAGGAAGACGACAAAGAUGACAAGGAUGGUGAAAAAAAAGGAUUUAUAAACAAAAUCUAUGCCAUCCAAGAAGUCUGUGUCAGUGUGCAGAAUAUCCUAGAUGACGUGGCCUCCUUUGGUGAAAGGAUAAAGAAUACUUUCAACUGGACUGUCCCAUUCUUAAGCUGGCUGGCCAUUGUAGCCCUCUGUGUGUUCACAGUCAUUCUGUACUUCAUCCCCCUGCGGUACAUUGUGCUUGUCUGGGGUAUUAAUAAAUUUACAAAAAAGCUUCGGAGUCCAUAUGCAAUUGAUAACAAUGAACUACUGGACUUCCUUUCCAGAGUUCCUUCAGAUGUACAAGUGGUGCAGUACCAAGAACUGAAACCAGACCAUUCUCAUAGCCCAUUUAAAAGGAAGAAAAACACCCUUGGCUAGCCAGCUCCCAGCACUGAGGGACCAGCACGCCUGGAAAGAUAAAAGAAAAACCCUGCAGCCUCGGCAGCAUUUCUUUUCUUUCUUUUUUUUUAUUUAUUUUCUCUUUUUAUCAUGAUCGAGAAAUUUGUAAAUAGUGUACAAAGGCAUAUGUCUUUGAAAAUAUAAUUCCAUUGUACAGACUCAACUUGAUAAAGGAUUUUAACUAGUGGAGUGUGGAAGCCUUGUUAGCUACAACCAACUGAAAGAAUAAAAAUAAUGGUUAUAAAACUGGAAGCACAUUCCUCGAAUUACAAGUGAAAGAACUAGAAUAUCAGAUUAAAUGCUCAAUUGUACUAUGAUUAACCCUACAUAAAAUAUAUAUGCUGAUUUGAUUUUAGGUGUUUUUUUUUUGGUUAUGUGACGACUUCUUAUCUGAAAUGCAAUUCAUUAGUUUUUUUUUUAAUAUUUAUGUACAAAAUGUACAAAAGAGGGGAAACCCCAAACAUUGAAUAAUGGAAAUGUUGCAUUUCAGUAUAACACCCCGACUUUCACUCCUGUGUAAAUACGUUACUCAUGUAUAGCUAAGGCUGAUUUUAAGUUCAUGAGGACAGGCACAUUCAAAUAUUCUGCUGUGUCCUCAUACACAAUCCCUUAAGAGAAUCUGAGAUUCUAUGAAUAAAAUUCUUAAGCCUUCAAUCAUUCCAUCCAAAACCUUAAAAUCUCUCCAGAAAUAUAUUAAAUUAAUACUGCCAGGUUUAUAAGUGAUUAUCAGGGGUUUUAUAUAUACCACUAUUUAAUUUAUACUGAGUUAGCAAAUUAGUAAGCCGAUUUAGCUGUCAAAUAUACUAGCAAAGUAAAUCCAUACUGCAUUUGGUAUCAAAUUAUGCCCUUGUAUAUCUGAAAAAGUAAAUUUAAGUGUCCUCACAGGGGGAAAAAAACAGUUUGAAAAAAUAAUGCUUCUCCAUUAGACUACUAACAUGCUUCUUAUUAGUGAGCUUUAAUGUGGAGAACGCAGUGGACUAGAGAAAGGCCAGUGCUUCAUCACAUCAUUUAUGACGAACGUUGAUAAUGCAUGAAAGCCUGUUUUGUAAAAUAAAUGUUUAAAGUGGUUAUAAUUAAAAAUGUUUCUCUAACCACACUGUAUACUUUAACAGUGAAUUCCGAAGACCAAGUCCAGGGUCUAUCAAGGGAAUUUACCUCUGCAGAGAUACUUGGUCAGUCAAUGAGAGUGUCUUCACUGACUUUUAAAGGAAUAAACUCAAUGGAAAUUGCUGCAAUAUUUUGCACUAUUUUAUUAAUUGCUAUUAAUAAAUAACUGGGGUGAGAUGAGGGUGGGGGUUGUGCUGGACAAUGUAGAAAAGCAGAAAUAUAUAUUUCACUCUAAAGAAAUUCUUUAAAUCUCAUCAAAGCUGAUUUUUAAAGUAUUUUUAUUUUAGAAAUAUGUUGUUAAAUAAUAUUUCUUACAAUAGAACUAUUUUGAUGUUUAUACACUAAGCUUGGAAGAAUGUUGACUAAAUUCCCUUUCUAUAGAAAGGCUUUGACCUCACCUCAACAUGCUCUAUCUAGGGUAUCAUGUUUAAAACGACAUGCUUAUAUCUGCAUCCCAUCACUGUUUGUUGCAAAAACACACUACUUUAUGAAGCUGGCCUAUUACGAGUUUAUUGAUGAAAUCCUUUGGUCUAAGUUCUGAUUACACCUGUGUGAGACUGAUGUUCUGUGCUGUGUCUACUCAAAUGUCUAAGUCUGACAUCCAUUCUCUAACUUAGAUGGACCUAAUGGACCAUUACCAGAUGACUGAGUUUCCUUUGUUUCCUUGUGUAAGAUUUCAGAUGCUUAGUUCGAUAGUAAUGUUGACUACAUAUUCACUUCAUUAAAUACAAAAGAAAACAAUUUUUUCUAUGUAAAAUCACUAUUUUUUUCUGAGUUAAGAAAUGCACAGUGGGGUACUGGGUGCAUGUUUGUUCAUUAGUGAUACUUCACUUGGGGAAACAUUUGAGCAGGGCUAUUGAAACAUAUUGAAACCCUGGCUACAGUGAAAACUCAGUACCUUUGGCACAGUAAGCAUCCAGUGAAGCAGAGAAAACUAUCUGGAGUCAGAAAGUCACCUUCAAGCUAGCCCUCAAUACUUUCAGAAAACAAAUAUAUAUAUAUUACAGGGCCAAAUGAAUAAUGGAUUUGUUUGAUCCAUUCGUAGGAUUUUUGAUUUUCAUGUAUAGGUGCUUUUUAUAUUUAAGAAGGAUACCUUGGUUUUCAGUUGCUUUUCCCCCCUAGAACUGAGAACUGAACUCAGAACUUAGCCUCUGCUAGGCAAGUGCUCUACCACUGAGCUAAAUUCUCAACCACAAAUUAGAUUUUUUCUUUUUCUUUUUUUUCAAGUCAAGGUUUCUCUGUACAGCUUGGUUUUCAGAGAAGUCUGAAACAAAUAUUCUAAGUUACAUGAGCGAAGUUCUAAGUUAUACUGAACCUGGCCCAACAUCUAUUUGCAUUGUUAAAUGUAGCAGACAUUGUGAACUGCUCAACAGUCUAUAUUUACAUUCCACACUACCGUAAUUGUUGUAUAAUGCUGUCCUCUGGGCAAGACAACUGCCAUAUUCCUUAGAUCAACUGUGCCAACCCGUUAAAGACCAUCAUAAUCACGCUUACAGUUGAUCCCUCAAAAAAGGAGUGGGCAUAGAGGAACAGUGAGCGCAAGAUUCUAGCAAUCUGGAUGCAAUUCUGCCUUAAGUACCUGUGACCUUAAAGAGGUGUAGAGUAUAUAGGCAGGUCACUUGAAAAGGAGCCACAUCUAUGCAGGAAUGGGGAGGCAUAAUUCAUACUGGUCAAGACUUCUCAGUGCAGUUGCUUUGGGGUCAUCCAUGCUUCUGUAGGUGACCCCUCAUUCAUCUUCUCAAAGUUAGUCUGAUAAACUUAUUGGUUCACCAAGCUGAACUUUGGUAAGAUGCUUUGGUUUGCCACUGAGAUCACAUAACGAGUGGUAGAUAAUGUUUAAGUCUCUACAGAGAAGGGAUUGUGCCACCAUAUACUGGGAUAAUUCAGAUAUCUUGCACUUUUGUAACCUUCAACACACUGUUACCUAAUAGUUCAUUUUGUUAGUUUCAGACUCAGACUUAGGGGUUCAUGAGAGGGAGGGGUAUUCUAAAUUAAUUUUGAGCCAUUCUAUGCACUAGGAUAAUGUAAGUUAAAAUAUUUUUUACAUGACCUGUGAUGCAUUUAUUGUGUAUCUACUGUAUAAACCUGAGAAGGGCAAUUAUAGUGUAUGUGUGUAUCAAUAGUAUAAUUAAACCAAAUUUGUAAACAGACAAAUUUAAAUGGUAUGCUUAUGAAAGUAACUUUUUAGAAGUUUCCUUAAAUUUCAACAAGACUCUGGCCUCUAACUUACAAUCAGCCUCCCAAGUGCUGGGAUGAACAGGCGAAUGCUGAAAUUGAGCAGUUAAAUCCUAUCCAGUGGCCAUGGGGUGGGGUGGGGGGGACUUUCUACUUUGAUGCCAAAAUCCAAAGAUGUCUAAUAUUGACGCCGAAAUAUAGCAAGCAUUAUUCAACUUAUAAGCUUAAAUACGCCCGGCUGCUUACAAUACUGUUCAGUAAUAGUGCUUUGGUGCUCAGCUUCAGAAGAAAAGUAGAAGGCACUUGGUGGCUUCAAAUACAAACUAGCCAGUAUUAACCCCCCCCCCCCCCCAACAAAAUAAACAAACCAAAACAACAGCAAAAACCUCUGCUCUUAUUAAAGCAUGUUUAAGUUUUGGAGUUUGAAAUGUUAUGUGUCCAGAUGGUUAGUCACUGAUCUGAUUAGAGUAUGUGGAGUCAGCCUUUCCUAACUGCUCGGUUGAAUUAAAGCCACCUAAAUAUAAUAAAAAUGACUUUUAUAACUCUCUUUCCAAGGCUGAUUGCUGUAACUCACUGAAACAAUGACAACAGCAGCAGAAAGUAUCCCCCUUUUGUUGUGAGAAUUCUUUUACACUCCUUUUCAACAUUCACCCAAUGGUACCUUGUCUAAUGGCAGGCACAUGAGAAGUUAUUUUAGCUGAAACACACCAAGAAAAUCUCUACAUUGGAACACUAUAAAAGCAUGCAUUCCCCCCCACUCCCAUUAGGGUUUCUGGUUUAAAAGUAAAAAGGAAAAGAAAAACAAA